AUGUUCAAGUAUCUGCUUUUGGUCGCACUCAUUCCAGCUGUUAUGCUGCAGAACGCUGACAACGUGGACCAUGAAUCUUGGUCAACCGUUUCCUUCCGUCCAUGUGCUGGAGUUCGCCCAACUCCAAGUGCUGUUCGAAUUGAAAAUUGUCCUUCAUCGCCGUGUCUGUUGCCUCGUGGACAAGAUGCUAAUAUGGCAAUGGAUUUCACUGCUGUCCAGGAUGCUACCAACCUGAACACCGUUGUGACGGCCACCGCCCUGGGAAUCACCGCUCCCUAUGAGCUGCCCGCUGAGCGUGCUGCUGCCUGCAACUGGCUGGUGCAGUCCCGUUGUCCACUCUCACCUGGAGAAGAAGUGACUUACCAUUUGAGCAUGCCAGUGACUGCCAUCUAUCCGUUGGUCAGUGUUACCAUCGAAAUCGAUCUUGUGGACCAGUCGGGACAAUCCCACGGAUGCUUCGUCGUUGACGCCCGCGUGGUUGCCAACUAA